AAAAGGCCGGCCGUUAUUCUGAGUCCUCUUUCUCUCCAACCCUCCAGUUGUCCCGCUUCAGUCACUCACACACUCAGCCCCCCGGAAAUUCCCACCGACAUCAUAAAAUCCUUUUCUCAACACACAUCUUUCAUCAAUUCUUCCCUAGAACUCAUCAGAUCCGCCAACACUAGCAUCCGCAUCGCUACUUGUUACUUGUACCUUCCAGUCAAGAAAACCUUCAUUCUACUUCCCACUCUUCGCGCCAAAAACAUUUGGUCAUCUUCUACAAACACAAUUCCCAACACACACCAAGAUCAUAGCCAUGUCGUCUUACUAUUCUUCUCGUCCUAGCGGUUCCCAGGACCUUGGUGAGAAGCUUGGCCAGAACAUGGCUGAGAAUUAUCGCUGCAAGAUUGGCGGUGAGUGGAAGCCGAUGUCUGGCUUCUCCAAGAAGCAGCAGAAGCUUGUUCAAGAUAAGCUUGAUCGACACGCCAAAGUCAACCGUGCCAACACUGGCAUGGUCUGCCGCAUCCACUCGGGCGAGCCCGUCAAUGAGAUCCGAUGUGAAGGUCCCUGUGACGAGAUCAAGACCUUGGACCAGUUCUCCAAGAACAACAGAACCAAUGGCGUCAACAUCUGCAAGUCUUGCCAGCACUGGAUCAACACCCAGGAGCCCGGCUAUACUCCGUGGGCCGGUCCUAAUACUCAACUGGACCCCCUGGAGAACUCGGACGACUACGCGAGUCACCUCCCUACUGAUCCCUCCGAGAUCUUUGACUUCCGUAGCGAGGUUGAUCGGCCCCUCGCUCCCAUCACUGGAACCAACGGCCUCACUACCGAGAGUGACCUCUUAACUCGCAUUGAGUCUCUGGGCAUUGAGACUCGCCAGCCUUAUGUUGCCGGCCCGAUCGGCCUUGGGGCUCGUGAUAACGGCCAUGCUAGCUACGAUGCCAUCGCCUCCGGCCCGGGCAGCGAGAGUAUUGCCUCUGCUGCUACCUCGGCUAUUGCAAGUACCACUGAGACAGGUCGUGACUACGACUUUCACAACACCUUCCUUGAUGUUAACUUCAAUGCCUACGACUCGGCUGGUAAGAAGCACAUCAAGACCAAGGUCCCCAGUACGCAGUCCAGUGGCUCUUCCAUCAUUGAGAGUCGCUAUACCUACGAGGGAGGUCGCCCCGAGAACGGAACCAAUUCUACUGUUGUCGCUACUUCUAGCGUUGCUCCUAGCGGUCCCUGGCCCGGUAAUCGUCAGCGCGAUAGAAAGCAGCUCACGAAGGAGGAGCACCGCGCGCUCCAGAGAGGCAAGCCUCAGCCCCAGACACUCUUCAACCCCAUUCCUUACGGCAACGGCGAUGUCGACAGUGACGACGAGUAGGAACCUCGUUGGUCCACGCGUCAUCUGGGCACCAGAUAACUCUAUUUGGUAGCGGUGGUUUCAUUCAGCCGCCAUGGAAACAUUUCGACGAGCUUCCUUACAUACUUGGAACAAGCGUCGGGAGC